CCUGGGCCUCGAGGCUCUGAUGCAGAUACGGGGAGAGAUGGGGAGAUACGGGGAGAUAUGGGGAGGCGCUCUCCUGGGCCUCGAGGCUCUGAUGCAGAUACGGGGAGAGAUGGGGAGAUAUGGGGAGAUAUGGGGAGGCGCUCUCCUGCGCCUCGAGGCUCUGAUGCAGAUACGGGGAGAGAUGGGGAGAUACGGGGAGAUAUGGGGAGGCGCUCUCCUGGGCCUCGAGGCUCUGAUGCAGAUACGGGGAGAUAUGGGGAGAUACGGGGAGAUAUGGGGAGGCGCUCUCCUGGGCCUCGAGGCUCUGAUGCAGAUACGGGGAGAGAUGGGGAGAUACGGGGAGAUAUGGGGAGGCGCUCUCCUGGGCCUCGAGGCUCUGAUGCAGAUACGGGGAGAUAUGGGGAGAUACGGGGAGAUAUGGGGAGGCGCUCUCCUGGGCCUCGAGGCUCUGAUGCAGAUACGGGGAGAGAUGGGGAG